AUGUCGGCCCAUCAAGACCAGCUCCAGGAGAGGCUGCGUGCGUUCCAGACGCUGCUUGAUGGCUCCCGUGAAGCCCUCGAGCCCCGGGUAGAGACGAACACUCUUAGAAGGCUAUGUGCAAGAGGCAUCCCCGACCAGCCCUCGCACCUCCGCCCGCUCGCCUAUUCCUUGCUGCUCAACACAUUGCCUCAGGAUAAGAAGGCAUGGAAGACUUCCGCCAGGCAACAACGCGACAGGUACUACGACCUUGUUCGCUCCUUUAUGGACGAGCUCGACAUUGCACCGCCGCCCGAGGAUCCAUUGAGCGCCGUCGAUGCACUUGCGCUCCGUAUCGCAAAGGACAUUGACCGUCUCGACUUGCCGGUGCUCCAUGCCCGCACUGCGCCGUCCCACCUCUCUCCGCUUUCCCCUCCGGGCCCCAUCAGCGGAACAGACUCGAGCGAAGCGACCUCCUCGUCUUCAUCGGGCGACGAACAGCAGCAGCACGACGAGAGUGAGGACCGCGCCACCCCACGCCGCCCGGCCCGUCAGCGCACUCGACUGCCUCCGAUUCCUACACGCCGAGCACUCUUCAGCCGCGUGGACGCGCUUAUGGCCCAGCUGCACCAGCAGCCCACUGCCAAGGGCAAGCGACGAGAGAGCGUGUCAACGCCCCGUAUCGUGCUUUCGGGCGACAGGGCUCCACGCGAACGAAACCCAGCCCCCACACCGUCUUUGCAACUUACAAUUCCCGAAGACAGCGCUAGCCGCCCAUCAUCACCCAUCACACUCCUCUCUCCCCAAGUCCCAGCCGACGGAUCUGAGCCACCCUCGCCCGUGUCCCCCACAUCGGCAGCGGCGCUCCCAGACACUCAUGCCGAGGCGCUUAUGCGUCUCAUGUACGUGUUCUGCCGUGCCAACCCGCGGUGGAGCUACGGACCCGCCUUUGUGGAGAUUGCCGUCCCUCUCUACCUGGUCUUUUGCGAGGCCAACAUCGCCAAGGCCCAGCGUGCUGGUCGCGCCAGGCAUGCCGAAGAGGAGACCUACUGGGCGUUCUGGUCGCUCAUGAGCGAGUUUGGUGACCUCGUAUCGGGAGUCCCUGGCGAUGUCGCUGUGACUUCGGCGCUGAGGCGACUUGGGAACCGUGUUCGUUGGGCGGACGAGCCACUGUGGGCGGUGCUGAAAGAGCGAAACCUCGACCCGGCGCUACCACUCUACACCUUCCGGUGGCUCACAACCUUGCUCGCCCACGACCGCGCACACUUGAUUCCCAUCUGGGACUUUUUGUUUGCGCAGCCCCCGACCAUGGCCGACCAAAUGGCGCCCAAGCUGGACCUUCUCAUCGACAUGUGUGUGGCACUUGUUGUCAUGGUGAAGAACCAGGUCGUGUACCCGCCCCAAAAGACGCACCCUCAGUCACCCAAGCCCAACUUGUGGACCGGGGCUGAGGACACGGACAUUCCAGGCGACCCUGAGGACCCCGACGAGGCAUUUGUGCGCUGUCUGCAGCUCUUCCGCAACUACCCGCUCGACCAGGUUGGCGGUGUGUGGAUGCUCCUCAAUACUACGUUUGAGCUCAACCAAGCCCGCCGCGCGGCACUUGUCGCGGGAGAGGAUCCCGACACUGUAGCAUGGGCAGAGGCGCGCGACGCAGCGGCCAACCGUAAAGGUUGGGCAACAGCCAGGCUCCGUCAAGCCGCGCAGGGCGCGUCGGCGUCGACUGGCCGUUUCUUCUCGUCGUACGCACAGUCCGACACUGUCGCACAGCUCUCCAAAGCCUCGACCAACUUUACUGCCAACGCCAUGGCUAGGUGGCAGGCUGUUCCGCCUGUGAAAGCGCCCGAGAUGAAGAGCCCCGACUGGAAGGGUCCCGACUGGAAGGGUUUGGGCUCAGCGGCUGGCCGCUGGUUCAAGAAGAAGGACGACGACGACGCAUCCAUAUCCGGUGAAGAGUACGAGUUUAACCACUCGUUGCCGUCUACUCCUGGCCACCUCGAAUCGCCGGGCCGUCAGCACAAGGCCCCCACACCAGAAAACAACAAGCGUUUCUCAUACCCUGUUGGCCUCUCGACGUCCAUGGCAGCAAGGCGGUCCCGCAGCGACAGUGUCGCGUCCACCUCGGCCUUGUCCGUCACCAGCCUGCAAGACAAACUCUCUGGUCUUGCGUCCAGUCUGACUGUAGCGCCGCGCCCUACCGAGACGACCCCGCGCGUCACCUCCGGACCCCGGCCCUUGCUGCUGUCGACCUCGGCCCGUCGUGCGUCUAACUCGCACAUCCCCCCAUCUCGGUCGAGGUCUCCCACUCCUGGCCUCGCUUCCCCUCCCCAGCGCGACAGUCCUCUGUACCGCAUUGGCAGCCGCAACAGCAUGGGCCCCCGUCCCCGUUCCCCCGUGCCUAACAAGCGUGGCAACAUGGGAGACUCUAUCGGUUCGACGGCGGCGUUCAUGGCCGCCAGCCGCUCUUCGCGCAACAACAGCAUGUCGGACUCGGACUUCAGGCACAACGACCCUUACACACCGUACGAAAGUGACGCGAGCACCGUCCGCUCUUCAGAGGGAGGCAACGGUCUUGGCCGUGGGCUUGCUCUGUCGCCCAUCGAGGCCGAAACACCCGCCAUGCCAAGCCUCGCGGCAGCAAUGGCGCAGACUCAGUCUGCACCUGCUGUCGCAGAGCCGGCUCCUGCACCCGAGCCGGAGGAGCCCCUCGAACUGCCGACUCCGCAGAUUGCCCAUCUCACCGAGGAAGACUAUGACCACGUCUACGAGCCAGCCGAGGACAGUUUCAUCCUCCUCGACGCCCUCGAGGCUGACGCUCGCGUCAUCCGCGCCGCCAAGCCCGCCCUCUGUGUCGAGAUUGGCUCUGGUUCAGGUAUUGCGUCCACGUUUAUCGGUACCAUGCUCGGCCCUGCCUCGGCGGUAAUGAUGUCUACGGACAUCAACCCGUACGCGACCGACGCAACGCGCCGUACAGGCGACGCCAACGGUGUUCCGCUGAACCCCGUCCUGGCCAACCUCCUCGCCCCGUUAUCGCAGCGCAUGGAGGGAAGCGUCGAUCUGCUCAUUUUCAACCCGCCGUACGUCGAGACUGAAGAAGCGGAGAUGACUGCUACCCAGCAAGGUCGCGACAUUGGCGGUGCAUGGGCCGGGGGAAACUUUGGCAUGAGCGUGACCAACCUCGUGCUAGAACGUCUCCCCACACUCCUCGCACCAGGCGGCAGGUUCUACCUCGUGGCCAUCCAUCAGAACAAGCCGGACGAGAUUAUUGCCCGCAUGCGUGCCGAGGGUCUUGAGUGCAAGACGGUCAUCAAGCGACGGGCCGGUCGCGAGUUGCUUUCCGUCAUCCGCAUGGUCCGUCCCGCAGCCGCGCCAGUCGCUUCGGGCAUCCUCACUCCGCGCAAGACAGUGAUGCCCGUGAUCGAAGAGUCGAGUGUUGUGGAGCCCGCUCGCCCCACCGCAGUCGCUGGUGCGGUGAACGCCACGUCGCUCCAGCCGAAGUCGCCCCAGCGAUCGCCCGGACGCCGUCGUAAGGUCGAUGGGGGUGAGGCAGAUGAUGAGGGAGAGGAGGACUAUGGCUCGUUACUCGAUGCCUAUGGGGACGCCUAG